CUCUGGCCAUUUCUCUUCAGCUUUGGUUUGGCCCCAGCUGCGCCUCUGCAAGUCCACACUCCUCUCGCCCCAAACCAGAAUGUGGAGAUCUCUCUUCCCCUCAACACUGUUGGCUCGGUCAUGAAGAUGGAUCCCCUGAAUAACCUCCAGGUGGCCGUGAAAAAUAACAUCGAUGUCUUCUACUUCAGUACUCUGUAUCCCGUGUACAUUCUCUUCGUGGAAGAUGGGAAAAUGGAACGGCAGAUGUUCCUGGCCACGUGGAAGGACAUUCCCAAUGAGAAUGAAGCACAGUUCCAGAUUAAAGACUGUCCGCUUAGCGCAGAUGCCGCGAGCAGCAAGCUGCAGAGUAACAACAUCUUCACCAUUGCAAAGAGGAACGUGGAAGGCCAGGACAUGCUAUAUCAGUCGCUCAAGCUCACCAAUGGCAUCUGGGUCCUGGCUGAGCUGAGAAUCCAGCCCGGGAGUCUUAACUUCACGGAUCUAGAGCUGUCCCUGAAGUGCCGUGCCCCCGAAGUCGCCCAGCACAUUUUCCAAGCCUACGAAACCAUUCUGAAAAACUGAAGCCGCCCGUUCCUCCUUCCCCAGAGCGGUGGAAACAGAUGGGGACCAAGCCGUGGAGAACAGAAGGGGGAAAAAACUUCCAUUCCCCCCCCCCUUCGGGAGAUCGUUUUGGGCAGGGGUCGCACGAAUGGCUGGGAUCCGGGCAGCGGACCCGGCAGGCUUUGCGAGUGGCUGGAACGGAGUCCUCUAUGAAAGCUGAGCAACGAAGCAGCGGUGGGUGGUGAAGGAGACCUGGCUCCAUAUCCUUGUGCGUGCGUGUGUGUGUGUGUGUACAAAGGCCUGCCGUGUUUCCCUGCUGAGGGCACCCGUGUCCUUGGUGUGUUGACAUCGCAGGCUGCACGGGUCCCCUGCGUCUUUCAGCGCCUCCUCGCGGUCUUGCUAUUCUCCCUCCCAAAUAAAGAAAUCCGUGGCCCACCUCCA